AUACCGGUUGAUUGGUUACAAGUUUUUCCCGUAUCAUAAUCUACCCCACAAAUUAAUUUUAAGAAUUACUUGUAGUCAUAUAUAUAGUAAGAUGCAUCUUCAAUUCAAUCCAACCCAACCCAACUUUAGCUGAUUGAAUUGGACUCGCUUUGGCCCGGUCCAUGUUAUUUCCUGGGAGGUAAUCCAAACCAAACUGUGAACACAAGUCAACUCGGCCGAGGCCCGAGGGUCAACCAGCCCCACUCUUGCUUGGUGCUACUGCCAUGGUUGAAUUAUGAAUGGAUCGAUGAGUGAGGAGAGAGGACAUUAGAUUGGACUAGCUUGGGCGUUCGGCCUGGUUGCCCCAUCAGGCCCAUCUUCAUUCUCURUUGUAUUAGACUUGAGUCCAACUCAAUUCUGGGCCAGAAUUGGACCCUAAAACCAGGAAUAUAUAAAGCUUCAGUCUUCCCAACUUUCUUUUCCCUCGCUUUCGAAUCCUGUGAGUGUUGACAUCAGCAGAAGGAAGAAGGGAGGGGGGCCAUGGUUCACGUCAGUUUCUAUAGAAACUAUGGGAAGACUUUCAAGAAGCCUCGUCGUCCGUACGAGAAGGAGCGGCUGGAUGCCGAGCUGAAGCUCGUGGGAGAGUACGGGCUCCGCUGUAAGAGGGAGCUGUGGAGGGUUCAGUAUGUGCUCAGCCGCAUCCGUAAUGCCGCGAGGAUGCUUCUAACUCUUGAUGAGAAGAACCCCCGCCGUAUCUUUGAGGGCGAAGCCCUUCUCCGUAGGAUGAAUAGAUACGGGCUCUUGGAUGAGAGCCAGAACAAACUUGAUUAUGUGUUGGCCGUGACUGUGGAGAAUUUUCUCGAGCGCCGUCUUCAGACACUUGUGUUCAAGUCUGGUAUGGCAAAGUCCAUCCACCAUGCCCGGGUGCUCAUCAGACAGCGACAUGUCAGGCGUGGGCAGGUUCUCGUGGUCAGGAGAUCCGGAGUCCCUACAUACUGGCAUCUGACGCAUCGAUCUUUUUUAUGCUAUCUGACACGUGGCAAGUUAGUGCAACCGUCUUUCCCUCCUCUGGUAGACUACUUAGGAGUAGGGAGUCAGGACCCUCCAGAAACUUGUGCACCUCUUGGCUCUUGCGGCAAGGCGAGGCAAGGCAACAUCGACUUGUUGGAGAAGAAGAAGAAGCGAGAUGCAGGAGAAAAGGGCUUUGAGUAGCUCAGUCAUGGAAGGCAUAACGA